GGCAAGCAACACUCAACUCCAACAACCAACGACACGACGACCAACGACGACGACAAAGACAACGAUACACGUCCAUCGCCAUCAUCAUCCGCGUAUACCAUUGACCUGAACACACACACCCUGCCCACCAUGUCCGGAGAGAUCGGUAUCGCAAAGCACAAGAUUGUCAACCAGCACGGCGCGCACUUCACCAUCAUGGUUGUUGGCGAGUCGGGCCUCGGCAAGACGACCCUCAUCAACACGCUGUUCGCGACUGAGAUUUGCGCGCCGCACAACUACCGCCAGCGCUUCGCCAAGCAGCUCGACAAGACGACCGAGGUCGAGAUCCUCAAGGCCGACCUCGAGGAGCGCGGCUUCAACAUCAAGCUGACUGUGAUCGACACGCCCGGGUUUGGCGACUAUGUCAACAACCGCGACUCGUGGGCGCCGAUUGUCGACUUUAUCGACGACCAGCACGAGAGCUACAUGCGCCAGGAGCAGCAGCCUGUCCGCCGCGAGAAGCAGGACCUGCGCGUGCACGCGUGUCUUUACUUUAUCCGCCCAACCGGCACUGCCCUCAAGCCCCUCGACAUCGAGGUCAUGAAGAAGCUCGGCACACGCGUCAACCUCAUCCCCGUCAUCGCCAAGGCGGACACGCUCACGCCCGAGGACCUGCUCGCGUUCAAGCAGCGCGUGCGCGAGGUGAUUGCCGCGCAGGGCAUCAAGGUGUACCUCCCCCCCAUGGACACGGAGGACGAGGCCGCGUCCGAGAACGCGCGCCUCAUGCAGGCCGUCAUGCCGUUCUCGGUCAUUGGCUCGAUUGACGACGUGCACACGCCCGACGGACGCGUCGUCAAGGGACGCCAGUACCUGUGGGGUGUGGCCGAGGUCGAGAACGAGGACCACUGCGACUUCAAGAAGCUCCGCUCGCUCCUCAUCCGCACCUACAUGCUCGACCUGGUCACGUCGACCGAGGAGACGCACUACGAGGCCUACCGCCUCCAGCAGAUGGAGACGCGCAAGUUUGGCGAGCCAAAGGUCAAGAAGCUCGACAACCCCAAGUUCAAGGAGGAGGAGGAGCAGCUCCGCAAGCGCUUCACCGAGCAGGUCAAGCUCGAGGAGUCGCGAUUCCGCCAGUGGGAGCAGCACCUCAUCGCCGAGCGCGACCGCCUCAACAAGGACCUCGAGCAGGCCCACACGUCCAUCAAGGCGCUCGAGGCCGAGAUCGACAACGUGGCCGCGUACCACCGCCAAGGCGGCACCGUCCGCCGCUAGGCUGGCUCGACCCCCGCCCUCGAAAUGUUCAUGACCGUCACGCAGUACGCAAAUCGAGUAGUACAGAUUCCCUCCCCUCCGCAGAGUUUCCUUUCUUUCUAACGAAAUGCGCCGUGCAAGCCCAAGCCAGCCCACGCACGCGCUAAUGGCUAGUAUUUCUUUUACCCGUUACCCCCCAGGCUGUGUGUAGUGUGCAGCUGUGUGGCUAUUGUCGGAUAUGCUAUACCCUUGACCGAGAGA